GAAUGGGAGGAAACAGCUGAUUGUGGAAACAGCUGAUCGUGGUUCAGAAAACUCUUCAAUAGGAGAAAAAGUCCUGGUCUUUGAGCUUUAGUGGCUGUCUCAGGGAUCAGUUUGAAGGACUUUUUUGUGAAUGGUACUGACAAGACUUCUGCCCUCGAGAGUGAGGCCAGGACUUCGGUCUCUGCUGAUCUCAAGCAGGAGGAUGUCGUCCAGCGCACCCGAGGUAAUACUAGAGGACGUGGGGGACAAAGGCCUGAUUACGCUGAACAGACCGAAGGCCCUCAAUGCCCUCAAUCUCAACAUGGUGCGACUCAUCUACCCGAAGCUGAAGGAAUGGGAGAAUACCAAGUCCAUGGUCAUUAUCAAAGGGACAGGAGAAAAGGCCUUCUGUGCUGGUGGAGACGUGCGGUCCAUUGUGGAGGGGAAAACAAACGCCUCCGAGAUUGGGCCUGAUUUCUUCCGGGAAGAGUACAUGCUUAACUGCCUCAUUGGAACUCUUCAUAUUCCAUACAUUGCUCUAAUUGAUGGUAUCACAAUGGGUGGUGGUGUAGGGUUGUCUGUUCAUGGAGAUUAUCGAGUUGCCACAGAACGAACCCUGUUUGCAAUGCCAGAGACUGCCAUUGGGCUCUUCCCCGAUGUAGGAGGUUCUCAUUUCCUACCUCGACUGGGAGGGCGAUUAGGGAUGUAUUUAGCUCUCACAGGUCACAGACUAAAAGGAAGAGAUGUACUGAAAGCAGGCGUUGCCACUCAUGUGUGCGAUGCUGCGAGAAUAGGGGAGUUGGAGGAGGCAUUGUUGAAGUUGAACUCUCCGUACCCAGAAGAUAUUGCACAAGUCAUUGAGAGCUUCCACAAAGAGUCCACCUUCAGUAAAGAUGUGCCAUUCUCACUACAGCCUAUGCUACCAAAGAUCAAGGCUUGUUACUCUGGUGGUAGUGUUGAGGAGAUCAUUUCAAACCUUGAGAAGGAUGGAUCCGAAUGGGCACAAAAGCAACUGCAGAUCCUGAGCAAAAUGUCCCCUACCUCAUUAAAGGUGACUUUUGAACAGUUAGAACGAGGAGCGCACCUUACCCUCCAGGAGUGCCUUACCAUGGAGUUGCGAAUGGUUUGGCGGUUCUACCAUGAUCAUGACUUUAGUGAAGGUGUAAGAGCACUGCUGAUUGACAAAGACCAGAAUCCCAAGUGGAAACCAGCCACCUUGGAGGAUGUUCCUACCACCGAGACAAUCAACCGAUACUUUGCUCCUCUUCCGCCUGAAAAUGAACUCGUUUUUUAAAGAUGGUUUAGUAUUUUAAGGCAAUAGUUGGUUAAUUGUCAGUGGGUUGUAGAUAUUCUUGAAGCUUUGGAAAUAGGUAGUGGCAGUGAAAAAGGAAUUACAGUGGUAAUAUAUUUUUUUAACAGCAAUGAGCAGUUUGGUAAUUUUAUUAAAGUACCAUAUUUCAACCUUCUUUCAUGAUAUUAUUUAUAAGAGGAUUGUUGUUUAUGUUGUUUUUAAAUGUGUGCUCUGUCAAGAAAUUUCAAUUAAGGACUUACUGUAUGCUUGAAUUCUUUUUUAACUAAAAAAUACAGGUAUGUUUACACUGGAUGAAUGGACAGACAAAAUUAUACCCCAAAAAAAGUGUCUAAAGUAUUCUUAUUCCUUAAAACAGAUCAUAUAAUGCAUUUUUUCUAUCUUGAGUACACAUAAAGAGAAAAUGAUUGUUGGGUUAGUUUUUUGAUAUAAUAAUUAUCAUUAUCAUUAAGAAUUGCUUGAAUUAAUAAGAAAUGUGGUCAAAAGUAAAUAACUAUAUAUGUGUUGCAAGUCCAUGUUUUUAAGUAUAAAAUGAGUUGUGGUUGUGUGGUGACUGGUAACUGGUACCUUUUUUUUCCUCCUGUGUAACAAGUGCAGUUAGCAGUGAUACUGUAGGGUCACAUGUAUGUACAAAUGUUUUCUCAGUUUGUAUUUAAUAUUUGUAGGAUUUAGUCAUCUUGAAAAUCUUCCAAUUGACUGCCAAGGUUUCUCGUCUUGUGUGUCUGUGUGUUGAGUAUCAGUAUCGUGUAAUUAUUCAGUGGUAUUUAAAAUGGUCUUAUUUGGUUCUUCACAAAUUGGAAAAAAAGGCAGAAAGAAAAAUGAAGAAAACAGACUGCAGAUUAAAUCAACUUGGGAUUGGUAUUACAUAGUGUAACCUGUAAAAUUGUCUUUAGUUUGUGGUCAUCCUAAAUAAAAUAGAUUUAUCUUUUACAGAAUUUGUUCAUUUAUGUACAUCUGUCACUAACUUGCAUGUGGCAGCUAUAAAAAAGGAAAUUACAAGAAGAAAUAAAAAUAAACAAAU